CACUUCCCUUGGAAAAUAGUGUAGAUAACACAUGUAAACAAGCAUGGAAACAGGUUUCACUUGUGAAAAUAUGUCCUUUUGCUGAAGUUCAUUUCUUUAAUGGAUUCUUAGCUCUCGUAGGUCAGCGACGCGGUGGACUUCUGCGUUAGCUGGACGUCAGCGGAUCCGAUUUGGUGAGCUGUACGGGCACCGCGGAGCCGCCGUUCCCAGCGCUCACAGUAGCGCUCCAGUCCAGUUUGCUACUUUAGGUCUGGCAGUCGUUGGGAUCUUGGUUCCAAGGUGGGUUGAUAGAGAGGAAGACCUGAACGAUGACGACCGAAACCCAUGUGAAAGACAUCAAACCUGGGCUGAAGAAUCUCAACGUGAUCUUCAUCGUCCUGGAGACAGGUCGUGUGACAAAAACCAAGGAUGGCCAUGAGGUGCGGACCUGUAAGGUAGCAGACAAGACGGGCAGCAUCAGCAUCUCGGUGUGGGACGAAGUUGGGGGGCUGAUCCAAACAGGCGACAUCAUCCGACUUACUAAGGGAUAUGCUUCUGUAUUCAAAGGUUGUCUCACACUGUACACUGGUAGAGGAGGUGAGCUGCAGAAGAUCGGAGAGUUCUGCAUGGUUUAUUCUGAGGUACCAAACUUUAGUGAACCCAACCCUGAAUAUCUGGCCCUAAUGAAUAAGACGGCUCACAAUGACCAGUCGAAUGCCGUUGGCAACAGUGCUCCCAAUAACGCUUCUGGAGUCGAAACCACCAAUGGGAAUGGAGACAACCCAUCAGCCGCCAGCAGCUCUAGCACUAGCCAUCAGGGAGGGAGAGGCAGCGGUGGCGGGAGCCGAGGGGCAUCCAGUCAGGCAUCAGGAGGCACAGCUGUCAGUAAUGGAAAGGAGACCCGACGUUCUGCUAAGAGAUGAUUUCAGCAGUAAAGAUGGAAGACCCUCACUUACCUUAAUGCCAAACACAAAACAAGACAACUUUUGUGCCACAAAGGACUGGUUUGCGUGUUUCCUUACCUAAUGACUCUCUUCAUCUCACUACCAUGUACAUACGUUGUGUUCCUAGCUACUGACCCUUGUAUUAAGUCUGCUUAAGUAGGUUAGUACUGGGGAGCACAGGGUGUUCAUAUGUCAGUUCUUAUGAAGAAAAACAAAUCACAGUCCUUGUAAGUUUUGUCCUGUUCAUACUGUCUCACAAAAAACUGUUUGGUUUUACUGCAGUAGUUUAUUAUGGGGACCUAAAGUGGAACCUGAAUUUGUAUAUUUCUUUGAAGAAUAUUUGUCUAUUUUUGAAAUCACAUGGUGAAACUGCACUUAUUCUACCUAUACAGGCUCUCUUUGCAGUAGCAGUAAAGUUUGGAAUUCAUAUUUGUGUUGUUCCAGAACUUGAAUUCACAAACACCUACAUUCUGUUUAAAUUUAACAUAAUGCUCAGUUUAACCAGUAUCUAACUGGUAUGAUAAGAUGAUUCCUACUGUAAGGCAACAAUUCAAUUUUCUUUGGUUUUCAAAAUGUCAAGAGUCCUUGAUUGUCACUUGGUAUAUCCUAAGGAAGUGACUUAGUUUGAUUUUAAAAUAUUUUUGCGACUUGUACUACUACAAAUGGAUGUAAACAGAAAUUUAGUGUAUGCUGGAUUCUUUGAAACAUGCAAAAUUGAAGGGUAAAAUCUUAACUUAGCAUGCAUUAAAUAAAACAAUUCUAUUACUGCAUUUGGCAGUUGUGUUCUUGUAGAACAUAAAGAUGAAUUAAAUUUUGGUAUAUUAUCAAGGAUGUUCCAUUACGGUUACAGCCCCAUGGUUUUGGUUUUUAGACAAAAUAUCCUACAUUUGAGUUUAUACUUUAACCA